GGGAAUGAUCUACAUUGGCUAGCAUGUGCCUUAUAUGUGGCUUGCAGAAAAGCAGUUCCAACUGUGAGCAGAGGGACAGUCGAGGGAAACUAUGUAUCCUUAACAAGGAUCUUGCGUUGUUCAGAACAGAGUUCUUCAUAAAAAAUAAACUACUUAUCCCCAUCUUCUAAAUGCCCUCAGCUUGAUUGAGUUUUUUAACAAGAUGAAGAAAUGGGAAGAUAUGGCAAAUCUACCCUUGCAGUUCAGAGAACGUACUGAGAGACUGGAGAGAAACUUCACAGUUUCUGCUGUAAUUUUUAAGAAGUAUGAACCCAUUUUUCAGGAUAUUUUCACAUAUCCUCAAGAUGACCAACCUCGUCAACAAAGAGGAAGAAAACAGAGACGGCAGCCUUGCACAGUUUCUGAAGUUUUCCAGUUUUGUUGGGUGCUGUUUGUUCAUGCAAAAGGAAAUUUUCCUAUGAUCAGUGAUGACUUAGUCAAUUCUUAUCAUCUUUUGCUAUGCGCUUUGGAUCUAGUGUAUGGAAAUGCUCUACAGUGUCCUAAUCGUAGGGAGCUUCUGAAUCCUAACUUUAAAGGCCUUCCUGAAGACUUUCACAGUAAGGAUUAUAAACCAUCUUCUGAUCCUCCCUGCAUCAUUGAAAAGCUCUGCUCUUUACAUGAUGGUUUAGUUUUGGAUGCCAAAGGCAUAAAGGAACAUUUUUGGAAGCCAUAUAUUAGGAAACUUUUUGACAAGAAGAUUUUAAAAGGCAAAGAAGAAAAUUUGACUGGAUUUUUAGAUCCUGGGAGCUUUGGAGACAGCUUCAAAGCCAUCAACAAAGCCUAUGAAGAGUAUGUUUUGUCAGUUGGAAACCUGGAUGAGCGGAUAUUUCUAGGGGAGGAUGCAGAUGAGGAAAUUGGAACUCUGAGAAGGUGCCUAAACACAGCUUCAGGGAUGGAAACAGCUGAAAGAGUGCAAGUGAAGUAUAACCUACAGCAGCACUUUGACAAAACUAAAUCGCUUAGAAUUACAACCCCUCUUACAGGCCGCAAGUAUAUUAAAGAGAGCAACCCCAAUGUGACCCCUGUUUCCAUAGCAACAUACAGCUUGAGCCGUCUUCAUACAAUGCUGACAGGACUAAAAAAUGCCCCCAGUGAAAAUCUGGAACAAAUACUCAGGGCAUGUUCCAGGGAUCCUUCUCAAUCUAUUGCAAACAGAGUGAAAGAAAUGUAUGACGUAUACUGUCAGUGCACACAGUCUGAGGGAGAAUUCAGUAAUUUCUCCAAGGAUAACACUGGCAAGCAUUUUCGUCUUGCUGAGAUUCUUUACUACAAAGUACUAGAGUCUGUCAUUGAGCAGGAGAUGAGAAGAUUAGGAGACACUGAUUUAUCAGCAAUACUGGAGCAGGAUGUGUUUCACAGGUCUCUCCUGGCAUGUUGCCUUGAGAUAAUUACUUUUUCAUACAAACCUCCUGGAAAUUUCCCAUACAUUACUGAAAUCUUUGAUGUACCUGUUUAUCACUUUUAUAAGGUAAUAGAGAUUUUUAUUAGAGCAGAAGACGGCCUUUGUAGAGAAGUGGUAAAACAUCUUAAUCAUAUUGAAGAGCAAAUCUUGGAGAGUAUGGCAUGGAAACUUGAAUCUCCAUUGUGGGACAGAAUCCGAGAUAAUGAGAAUAAAGUUCCCACCUGUGAGGAGGUGAUGCCACCUCACUAUUUUGAAAGAUCUAAUGGGAACAGUCUGGUAGGCUCUCCUUUGACUCCAAGAAGGAUCAGUGAAGUUCGUGCUGAAACUGGAGGGGUCGGAAAAGGUCUUUCGUCUUCUCCAGCCACAUUGUAUGACAGAUACAGUUCUCCUACAACCAACCCUACGCGAAGAAGGCUAUUUGUGGAUAAUGAUAAUCCUCCUGAUGGUGGAACUCCCGUAAGAGUCUCACAGCAGCCUGUAGUAAAUACUGUGCCAGUGCAGAAUGUGACACCUGAAACUAUGUCAGUUACUCCUGUGCCUGGACAGACAUUGGUUACUGUGGCAACUGCCACUGUCACAGCCAACAAUGGACAAACUGUUACAAUACCAGUACAAGGCAUUGCCAAUGAAAAUGGAGGAAUAACUUUCUUCCCGGUUCAGGUAAAUGUAGGUGGCCAGACUCAGGCUGUAUCUAGCUCCAUCCAGCCACUCAGUGCCCAGACUCUUGCUGGUACCCUUAACACUCAGAUGAGUGGGACAUCCCUUCAGUUACCAAGCCAAGUUGCGAUUCAACAGCUCUCUUCUGGAGACCAACAAAGACAAAACCAGCAGUUUUCUACUACCACCAGCAGUAAAGCCCGAAAGACUGGCUCUCUGUCUUUCUUCUUUAGAAAGGUUUAUCACUUAGCAAGUGUUCGACUGCGGGAUCUCUGUGUCAAACUGGAUAUUUCUGAUGAGUUGAGGAAGAAAAUCUGGACAUGUUUUGAGUUUUCUUUGGUACAGUGCCCUGAGCUCAUGAUGGACAGACAUUUAGAUCAACUGUUAAUGUGUGCUAUUUAUGUAAUGGCUAAGGUUACAAAGGAAGACAAGUCAUUUCAGAACAUUAUGCGUUGCUAUAGGACCCAACCACAAGCAAGGAGUCAUGUAUAUCGGACAGUCCUGAUAAAGGGCAGAAGACAGCGCCGUCGCUCUGGCAGCAGUGAUAGCAGUAGCCAACAGAAUUCCCCAAGAGAGAGAACUAAAGACAGAACUAGCAGAGACUCUAGUCCUGUCAUGAGAUCCAGCAGCACCCUGCCAGUACCACAGCCAAAUAGUGCACCUCCUACUCCCACCAGACUGACAGGUGCAAACAGUGAUGUUGAGGAGGAGGAACGAGGAGAUCUUAUUCAGUUCUAUAACAACAUCUAUAUUGAACAAAUUAAAGAAUUUGCCAUAAAGUAUUCUUCCACAAAUGCUACUGAUGCUCCUCCACUAUCUCCAUAUCCAUUUGUAAGAAUUGGCUCCCCCCGCAGAAUACAGCUGUCCCAGAAUCACUCAAUCUACAUUUCACCACACAAAAAUGAAUCUACACUUUCUCCACGAGAGAAAAUAUUCUAUUACUUCAGCAGUAGCCCCUCCAAGAGAUUGAGAGAAAUUAACAGCAUGAUUAGAACUGGAGAGACUCCCACAAAGAAAAGAGGCAUUCUCUUAGAAGAUGGUACUGAAUCACCAGCCAAACGGAUCUGUCAGGAGAAUCACACUGCUCUGUUGAGAAGAUUACAAGAUGUAGCAAAUGAUAGAGGAGGUGCCCACUGAGUUUAAUCAGCUGUUUGUGUUCCAUUUCCCUUUCUUCACCUGUCCCUGGCCGUUCUGUUUUGAGAGUGUGAAUUCUAAGCAUUUUCUGUGGAUUCAUGAAGCCUUUGUGAACAUCUUCCAUUUCAAGACUGCUAUCUUCCUAGUUAACCUGUGGCGGAGAGUGGUAUUAUUUGAUUUUCAAACAGAAAUCUCCCUUAAACUGCAUAGAGUCUUUGAACUGUCCCAUAAAAUGGGAAUGGAUGCUGAUGCAGCAGAUUUCACAUUUGGAAUAUAUGCUGUGCUUGACUAUGAGGACACAUGCAAGUUUUUGUAUGCAAGAAAUUGCUUUCUAAACUAUUUUGAUUAUAUUUAUUGUUGAAACAAUAAACCCAGUGGUAGCUUGUGAUAGGAUUUUGCUUAUAGGAUUUAGCCCCCACCUGCAUACGCUAUUCUUCUUGGUGCUUUACCAUUCUUUUUUGCUGUAACUAGUCUGCCUAGCAUGUCACUAGAAAAAUGUACUGGUCAGAUCCAGGAGUAUUGCACCAGGAUAUUCAAGUUACUCAUGAGUGAGUUUCUUCCGUUCUGUGAUUAGGGAUGACCCAUAAUCACUAGUGCUACCAACAGUGUUUUAGCUAGGAAUGCUGACAGCCCAGUUGCCCUAGUUGGACUUCAGAACAGGAUGGGAAGAGUUUUGUUUUUAAAGGGGUGGGGUGGAGAUGGGGAAAGAAUGGCUCAUGAAAUUACCUAAACCGACUCUCUUCUAACAAGUUGAUCCUGGAAUCUCAUGGAACAAUUAGGUGGUUUUGUUUUAAUGUGUGGGCACUUUGCUGUGCCCAGUUUUGUUAAUGCAUUUUUUAGCUGUGCAAUGUUUUAAAUUGAACUCAAGUUCAAGGGGAGGCACUUUUGAUAGGGCUGUGAAGCAUAAUUGUAAAAUGCUAUUUUAAUUUUGCUGUAUAUUUGCAAUGGCACUUUCUGAAUGUGAAUAUUUUUUCAAAUGGAUGAGACUUUGCUUUUCUGUAUUAAAGUGAUGAUUUUCUAUUUAUUUGCAAAUAUGACCUUCCGUAGUUCCUCUGUCAGUAAAUGAUGGUAAGCUAAAACUAAUUCUUUGUGUGCAUGCAAGUACUGAUGUGGGAAGGAAGGAAAGUUGCUUUUCAGCUGUUCUGUACAUGUACAUUUUUUCCAAACUCUCAAAUCAUUUUAAGUACUUUUUCAAAGUCAGGUGGUAGCCAUCUUGUUGCCUCACUAGAAAAAAGGUGGCAGCUGUAUCUUCCUCGUGCAUUUUAAUAUUUAUAUUGUUUGGCUUUUAAAAAUGGCACCUUAAUAGAUCUAGAUGUAAUCAGGAUGCCCCAGAAACAUUUCUGCUCCUCACAAACAGAAAACCUGUACAUACAAUAAAUCUGGACUAUUUACUCUAGACAUGCUAGCAUGUUUAAUGCUUCCUCAGUAGUAGAGUUAGAAAGCUGUUCAGCAUAUGGGGUGCCCUUCCCUGAGCUUUUAGUAGUGCCAAGUGAUGGGGAUAAUGAGCUCCCCCAUUUUUCCCCCCAAAUAGCCCUCACCUGGAGUUUGCAGCAGGGUCAAGCCUUACAAAGAUUGCAGAAGUAAAGGUGGCAAUGGGAUGCUAACAGAUUUCACAUGACACCCUUACUUCUGCUCUGCUGCCGGCAUGGCUAAGAGGUAGGAGCAUAUGUGAUUAGACAGAAAGGUAGGGGGCACAAUCAAAUAUCUUUCACAAAGAUUAAUUUUAAUUGUAGAGGAGAGUAUCGUUGACCACUAAUACAACAUUUUAUCACUUUUAAGAUUUGUUGAACAUUUGAUAAACAGCUACUUAAUAUUAACUCCAUGUUUUCAAUCAUUUUUUUGCAGAAAGGAUUAGAGUGGAAAAUUAUGGAAACUGUUAGGAUUUAAUUUAGGUGGUAAGUUGAAUUAAAAUAAAAAGCAAGUUACUGGUUAACUUUCAUUUUUACGUGCAUAACAAAGAUGAUGAAAUUAAACAGCAGUUCUGAGUGUUUCUGUAAAAAGAUAUUUAUGAACUGUCAAAUUCUUGUUACAAUAUUGUAACCUUACUUUGUAUGAAGAUAUUGCAAGUAUUUUUCAAUAAAGACUAUUACCAAUA